CUCUCUCUCUCUUUCUCUCUCUCUAUACAGUUUUCAUCAUCAGUAGCCAUGCCUCAGGGAGAUUAUAUAGGUUUGCAUACGAAGAGAUAUGGGCGUCGCCAUGAUCACUUUGAGCGUAAACGUAAGAAGGAAGCUCGUGAAGUUCAUAAGCGCUCCCAAAUUGCACAACAGACUUUGGGUAUCAAGGGUAAGAUGCUUGCUAAGAAGCGGUAUGCUGAAAAGGCCCAAAUGAAGAAAACAUUGGCUAUGCAUGAAGAGUCAUCAAACCGACGCAAGGUUGAUGAUGAUGUGCAUGAGGGUGCUCUUCCCGCAUAUCUGAUGGAUCGUGAGACCACCACAAGAGCAAAGAUUCUUAGCAACACAAUAAAGCAAAAGAGGAAAGAGAAAGCUGGAAAAUGGGAGGUGCCUCUGCCUAAGGUUAGGCCUGUGGCUGAGGAUGAGAUGUUCAGAGUGAUAAGAUCUGGCAAAAGGAAGACCAAGCAGUGGAAGAGAAUGGUUACAAAAGCCACCUUUGUUGGAGCAGGGUUUACCAGGAAACCUCCAAAGUAUGAGCGGUUCAUCCGCCCAUCUGGCUUACGGUUCACUAAAGCCCACGUGACACACCCUGAACUUAAAUGUACAUUCAACCUUGAGAUCAUCGGGGUGAAGAAGAAUCCUAAUGGUCCAAUGUAUACUUCACUAGGUGUUAUAACCAAGGGAACCAUCAUUGAGGUUAAUGUCAGUGAACUUGGUCUUGUCACUCCUGCUGGGAAAGUUGUAUGGGGGAAAUAUGCUCAAGUGACGAAUAAUCCUGAGAAUGAUGGUUGUAUCAAUGGAGUUCUCCUUGUGUAGUAGCUUCUAACAGAGAAGAAACUGCACCCUUUUUGUUUGAAUCGAGUGCAUAACUCUAUGUAUCUCAUCAUUUCUGCUUGAUGCUGGUUGUGGCAGUUUUAGAACAGGAGAGGAGAAAUGAAGACGUGAUUGUUGGAGCUUGCAAAUGCACCAUUAGCAUGGUGCUGUGGCGGUGAUUUAGCUUUUCGUUUAUUGUAGGUUCGCAAGGAAAAAUCAAAUCAGCAUUAAGUUAUUCAUCAAAAGUGUCCCAAAACCUUUUACUACUAGCAUCAGUAAACAAUUUUAAUAAUUUGGUAUAUCAUAUCUUAUAAUAGUAGCUACUGAAGGCAAGGUCAAGGCUUGCCAAUUUCCUAUU